AUGGAACUAGGAAAUGAUACACAAAUUUCAGAAUUUCUUCUUCUGGGAUUUUCAGAGGACCCACAAUUACAGCCCUUCAUAUUUGGACUUUUCCUCUCCAUGUACCUGAUCACUGUGUAUGGAAACCUGCUCAUCAUCCUGGUCACCAUCUCAGACUCCCACCUGCACACCCCCAUGUACUUCUUCCUCUCCAACCUCUCCUUUGCUGACAUGUGUUUUAUCUCCACCACUGUCCCAAAGAUGCUGGUAAACAUCCAGACACAGAACAAGGUCAUCACUUAUGCAGGCUGUAUCACUCAGAUAUACUUUUUCAUACUCUUUGGAGCAUUAGAUAGCUUUCUCCUGACAGUGAUGGCCUAUGACCGGUAUGUGGCCAUCUGUCUACCCCUGCACUACACGAUCAUCAUGAACUCCUGGCUCUGUGAACAACUAAUUCUAGCUUUGUGGACCAUGAGUGCCCUGUAUUCAUUAUUACAUAGCCUAAUGGUGUUGCAGCUGUCCUUCUGUACACAUGUGAAAAUUCCCCACUUUUACUGUGAUCUUAGUAAGAUGUUCCACCUUUCCUGUUCUGACACCUUUCUCAAUGACUUAUUGAUCUAUUUUUCAUCUGUGUUCCUGGGUGGUGGUCCCCUCACUGGGAUACUUUACUCUUAUUCUAAGAUAGUUUCCUCCAUUCGUGCAAUCUCAUCAGCUCAGGGAAAGUACAAAGCAUUUUCCACCUGUGCAUCUCACCUCUUAGUUGUCUUCUUAUUUUAUUGUACGAGUCUAGGAGUGUACCUUAGCGCGAGUGCUACCCUCAGCUCACUCUCCAGUGCAGCAGCCUCAGUGAUGUACACUGUGGUCACCCCCAUGCUGAACCCCUUCAUCUACAGUCUGAGGAAUAAAGACAUAAAGAGGGCUCUGAAAAGAUUAUUCAGUGGAAAGGCCUUGGUGAAUACCUUAGUGCUGGUGCUAUCCAAGCUCACAUUCAAGUGCACCAGCCUCAUAAAUGAAAUCCUUAGUUCCCACCCUAACGACUCCAAAAUUUCUGCCAUUGUUAACGAAGGGGAACAGAUUAUGCAAAAUGAGCUACCAAAAGAAAAGAGUGUUCCUCCCUCAGAUAUCCUUGAGCCUAAAAAGACCCAAACCAUAGACCUCAUAUCUUUAAAUAGUGAUGAAGAUGUCACACAGGACAGUGAAAAGCCUAAAAACCCCAGAAAUCAAAAAGAUAAUAACUAUGCCCCCAAAACUUCACACAGGCCAGAGAAGUACCUCGGUGCAGGCAGUCAGGGAUUCACUGUAGCCGCCCCUGCGGGCUCCACAGGCCUGGGUUAUUCCUUUCAACUUAAACAGGUCACAGAAGGAUUGAUAUCUGAUAUCCAGCAGCUUGCAUCCACCAUCUCCCUCAUCCAGGAUCAGCUAGAUUCCCUCACAGAGGUGGUUCUACAAAAUCGCAGGGGUUUGGACCUCUUACUUGCAGAGCAGGGAGGUCUUUGUCUUGCUUUACAGGAACGAUGCUGCUUUUACGCCAACAAGUCUGGCAUUGUCCGCAAUAAGAUCCAUGACCUCCAAAGAAGUCCUAAGGAACCGCAGAUGACAACUUGCUGA